AUGCCCGACCCCGACCAGCAGCUGUUCGGCGAUGAGUCCUUGGUGGACACCUCGGGCUUCUCCAACCCCGGGCCACUGGCCGGCGGCCCUGACCAGACCUCUGGUGGGCUGAGCCAGCUGUUUGGUGGCACGCUGCAGAGCUCCUGGGACGACUCCCUGCUGCCCCAGGACCCCAACACAGGCCCGGUGCCGGGCCCAUUCCCCACGUCCCCGGGCGGCUGGGACCGGGGCGUCCAGGGCGAGGACUCCACCCUCUUUGACGACCCGGACCCGGAGGACGUGGCCAUGGAGGAUUACCUCAUGGAGAAGGCGUGGGACGAGACUCUGACCCUGCACCACGACAACCUCAACCGCUGCGUGAACAAAUUUGCCAUCACCCACCGAAUGGCCGAGGUCCUGGAGGAAAUCGAGGCAGAGGAUGCGCUGAUGAAUAGGGACCACGACCCCAAGCACUACCUCCCCGCCUGGAUGCGGGCCGUCAAGGUGAUCAACGACAACCUGGAUCAGAUCAACAAGGAGACGCGCGAGGCGGAGGCUGAGAUAAGUCGCAACGCCAAUGAUGCCUUCCAGGACAUGGUCAACGAGCACCUGGAAGAGAUAUACGCUGUGCAGAGCGAGAUGGACGAUGACCAGUCGCACUCCCAGGAUUCUUACGAGGACAGGGAUCAGGUGCGGGGGUUGGACGGCCGACCCAGCGCCUCCCAGCGCAGGAAGGAGCUGCAGCGCAUUCUUUCAACCCCUGCGGGGCGCACGCCCCUUGCCAUUUCCAUUGGCGUCGGUGUUGCUCCAAAGUUCUGA